CAUCUGACUGCCACUCACUGCCUCUCUCAUGGAGGGGGGUUUCGGGCGACGGCUCCUUUAAGAAAACGGAACUGAGCCUCUGCUUUUGACGCGCUGAGGAUGUGGGCAGGAAACGCCAUGCAAGAGAGGAGAAGCGAUCACGCUUCCCAGCACCGUUGCACAAUACAGUGCAAUCAAAAUGUGCUUUAAUGUGCGACGUUGAAUGUCCAGGAGCGGUGCUUCUCCUCGGAUCUGCAAUCCGCGGCCGUCUGACAGCGGGCUUUGGACGGUUUUUGUCGGCGUGGGGUUUGACUGCGAUCCGAGCGAGAGCGCAGCCUUCCCAGCCAGCUCGGGUUUGAAAACAUCGGGGCUGGUCAGCGGGUGGGAGAGAGGAGGCUUCGUCGCGGAAAAAGGAGGUGUCUGCUGUUUUUUUGUUUUGUUUUUAUCACCCCCCCCCCUCCACCCUAGCCAUGAGGGAGUACAAAGUGGUUGUUUUGGGAUCGGGUGGAGUCGGGAAAUCCGCGCUGACGGUCCAGUUCGUGACGGGCUCCUUCAUCGAGAAGUACGACCCCACGAUAGAGGAUUUCUACAGGAAGGAGAUCGAGGUGGACUCUUCCCCGUCAGUGCUGGAGAUCCUGGAUACUGCAGGGACCGAGCAGUUCGCCUCUAUGCGAGACCUGUAUAUCAAGAACGGGCAGGGCUUCAUCCUGGUCUACAGCCUGGUCAACCAGCAGAGCUUCCAGGACAUCAAACCCAUGAGAGACCAGAUCAUCCGGGUGAAGAGAUACGAGAGGGUGCCCAUGAUCCUGGUGGGGAACAAGGUGGACCUGGAGGGGGAGAGAGAGGUGUCUUCCGGGGAAGGCAAGGCGCUGGCCCAGGACUGGAACUGCCCCUUUAUGGAAACUUCAGCCAAAAAUAAAGGAUCAGUCGACGAACUGUUUGCAGAAAUAGUCAGACAGAUGAACUACUCAACUGUCCCCAGUGGUGGAGACCAGUGCUGUUCAUGUGUCCUGCUCUAAAAAAAACACACAACAAUACACAAACCAGUCAUGCAUCCCGGCAGAGCUCCUGACUUAUCUCCAUUUUUCCUUUGCAAAAGUAUUUUCUUUCUCUCUCUCUCUCUCUCUCUCUCUCUCUCUCUCUCUCUCUCUCUCUCUCUCUCUCUCUCUCUCUCU